UGUUAGUUGUCCAUGCGUAAACAGUAAUGGCUUAACCCGGAAGAAAACUUCAGUUUUACUUGAUAUAAACAAGAAUCGGGGGGCAAAUGACCCUUAUUCUAGGGGUUUAAAUAAUGUCUCAGAAGGAAAGAGAGAACUUUUACAGACAGACAACUCGUAUUGUUGAUCAUUCGAGAGAUGCAGUUGUGUCACUUAUAGAACUUUACGUUCGUCGUAAUCAUAUUACCUUUGAGGUCUUUAUAAACACAAAUCAACACGCAAUCUUUCAUUUAUGUUUUAACAAGAAGCCAUGUUGUCAAUGCAUAAGAAGACAAAUUCCAUUUUCAAAUCCAAAUCGCGUAGUAAAUGAAUCACAAUUAAACUUGAUGAUCGAUACAACUGGCAGUAGAUUUCCUAGUCAUAUUGUAAAUAGUAAGAUUAAAUUUUGCUGUUGCAAAGCAAAACCGAAUCUUUCUAUGGAGGUUCUCGACUUUACAAUUGCAAGAGUUUUGCUGAUAAAUUUAUGUAAAGAACUUUUUUGGUAUGAUUGUCUUACGUUGCCUAAGAUAACGUUGCAGGAUUUUUUAAAUACGAACAUACAUGUGCUUUUUCACGAAAGACACGUUGCCGUACCAUGUUGUUCAUGUUCUCCAAGUGUGACUAUUCAAAGAUCACGAUCAGCUAUUACAAACCAAGAAUGGAAUUUGCUAUUUGACACAGUUAGUGUUAAAUGUUUAAAUCAAUUUGUGGUCUCAAAUAUGCAUUGUUUAUGUCGGUUCAAUGCCUCGCAAUCCUUAUCACAACACAAUAUCCACCCAGACCUUGAAAAUACAAUUCUUAAACUUUGUUGUCCAACUAUGAAGGCAGUGGAAGUGCUACGCCAGAUACGGAACACUGUUUAUGGCCAUGCUACGAAAGCUUUCCUAAAUGACAGCGAAUACAUUCAGUAUAAAGAAGAGACAGAAACUGCAAUUUUAGAAAUAGCGAAGCUAUGCAAUAAAGAGAAUGAAUUCUUGAAAAAACUUGAUGAUUUGGAGAACCGACCACUUGAUGAAACGAUCGUCAAACAGAAAAUUUCAAUACUUCUUGAAAACAUUAAUCGAGAGAGCAAUAUACAAAAGGGUUUGGAAGAUAUAAAAACAACGUUACAAGAAACAAUUGACAACAGUUUUGGGAAGGUAUCAGAUACAAUCAAAUCAAGUGUAGAAAAUACAAUCGGAGAAUAUUUCCAAAAGAUCAACCCAACUAAGUUAUCAGAAGAACAUCAAAUACAGAAGUCAAAUUUACAACGUUAUGUAGUUGCACAAGUAGAAGCACACGGCUCAGAAAACACUUUCGUCGAAACUGAGAUUAUCAACAUUGGCCUUUCUUGCUUAAAUGGAAAAGGAGUUACUGUCUUAGUUGGACCACCUGGAAAAACUAGAAAUAGCCUGGAAUUGCUGAGAAAAUAUACGGAACAACACACAGAUUUCGGUAUGAUCCAGCUACAUGAGCCAUCGUUAUUUGGUAAACUGAUACGGUCAGAUGACAGACUUGUUGUUCUUUUCGAUGAUGUUUUUGGAAAAACGAAUUGCUGUUUCAAUGAAGAUGUACACAUGAAAGAUCUUGACAUAGUUUAUUCCUAUGUUAAGAAGGGCUUUAUUAAGGUGAUUCUUACAAUGAGAAAUACAAUCAAAAAGAUGUGUGUACACACAAUAAGUAAACAUAGGUUAUUUGAAAAAUGUAAUCUAUUAGAUCUAGCACUGCAAAGCCAUCAGAUGAAUCAACGUCAGAAAAUGGAGUGUAUCCGUAAGUACUGUGCAAAAUUUAACGUAAAAGAAACCGAUUUAACAACAGUAAAAGGAGAUAAGUCUAUGGAUAAAGCUACUUUGAGUACAACUCAGAUUUGUGAAAUUGCUCGCGUUGAUAAUAACCCUUUGUUGGGUUUUCCAGAAUCUUGCUACUUAUUUACAUCAAACUUCAUGUUCAUAAAGCAAGGUUCAAAUUUUUUCCGCCAUCCAACUCGUAAUCUUUGUGACGAAAUCAAUAACCUAAGGGUUUCAGGACAGAAGGACAUGAUUAACAGGCAAAAAUACGUUACACUAGUUUACGUUUUAUUAAAUGGAGGAUACUUUGAUCCCUACGAUAUAGAUCUUCUAAUGAUUGAUCUUAUUCUAACAUCUAUUUAUCGAUUUUCGUCGGAAAUAUGUAAUUGUGCUGUUUUAGUUGACAGUGCUAAAACAAUGACCGGAAUUUAUCUAAAAAUUGAUUCGUCAGGGAAAUAUUCUUUUCAGCAUAGGAUAAUUUUUGAAAGUGUUCUACUGUCAUAUGCCGACGUUAAAAUAGAAAGCAUCAUACCGUUGAUGAAAUUCGAUUUUAUAUUAGAAAUGCUAAGACCUCAAGAAUUUGAACCAAACGAAGGAGAGGUAGUUUUACUGUUACCCGAAAAGUGCUACCCUCUGUUGGCAAAUCGAUUGAUAAGCGUUUUGAAGAAAGAUUUUCUUUUAAUUCCAGAUCGCUUUGUACAAAUGUUAUGUGGGUCACGAAUCAUUGUCCUAACCGGAACUAAACUUAUAAGUAGCAUAUGUUAUGAAUAUGAACGAUCAGACUGUGAUAGGUUUAUUAGAAAUGAGAGGCUAACAUCCGGUCAUUUUAAUUUAAGAUCAUUAAACCGUCAUUUCUAUCUACCUGCAGGCUUGCUGAAUACGAUUACAAUUUGUAAUGGUAAUGAAAGUGCAGUUAAAUAUUUACUUGAAUACAUUAAGUCUCGGAGGAAUCUCGAUAGACUUUCUAGAAACGCUAUUGUGUGUUACCUUUUUACCGCUAUAGCUAAUGCGUGUCAAUUUCAUCGUGAAAAUGUUUUAUUGGUCUUAGGUAAAAUUGAAUUUAGUCGCUUUAAAUUAUAUAACAUUUCACUUAAUGAAUAUUUCUUGGCACGUGAAUUUGAUAUGAAUUCCUGGAAGAUGUUAUUACACAAUUUUGGAAGUCUGAGAGUUUGUGAGUGGUUUGACAUACAAUUAGCAAUUAAGAGUGCUCUAGAAUCGGGUUUCUUAUAUAUGGAUAAAAGUUUCAUAGACUAUAUUAGCUUUACUUAUGGUAAAAAAACUGUUGAUCUGAAUUAUUUUUUAAAUUUUGCUUGCCAAAAUGGAAAAGAAAUAGUAGUUAGAUGGAUUUUUGAACAAUUUGAAACAAACCAUAUAGAUAUUAUUUCGCCAUUGCUUUCGGUUUGCAGAAAAGGGAACAAAGAGCUGGUUGAAUAUUUAUUAAGAAAGUGUUGUAUAGAAGAUUUGAGUCUAAAUACAACAAUGCAAGCUGCUUGUGAAAGUGGGACUUUGGAUGUUGUCAAGAUGCUCUGGGAGAAAUUUAAUUUUGAUAUUUUUGAUGUGGAAUCGUGUUUCAAAAGCUCUUGUCGAAAAGGAAAUCUUAAUAUUGUGAAGUGGCUUUAUGAAUCUUUCGACAAAGCCUUGUUUCAUGAUAGUUCAGUUUUGAAUUUAGCCUGCAUAAGCAGUAAUAUAGAACUUGUUGAAUAUUUAAUCAUCACCUUCGUGAAAGCUUCAGAAAACGAAAUGACUAAAAUUGAAGAAUGUUUAUCUUACCAGUAUGUUAAGAUUUUUUAUUGGAAAGUACGAUUGUGA